AGGGGACACUCCUACGUCGUCGCACGUGCACAGCAGAAGCUGGAGCAUGCAACGCGGUUCGAGCGACGCUACGUACGCCCCUAUCUAAUGACGACGACGUGAGCACAUCCACACACACAUACACACGCAUACAUUAUCUGAGCGCUGCUAAACGACAUAAAACAGGCGCAAAAGCACUAAAGGGAAACAACAUCAUAGAGUGUGGUGCGCAUCUCCAUGCCGCGCUCCACGCUCUUCCUUGACAAUGGCGGUUACACCAUCAAAGCUCUUUACCUCCCUGCCUCUUCUUCCCAAACCGCUGCCGCCCGCCCUUCCUCUAGCGGUGGAACGAGCUCCUCGUCUUAUUCCUCUGCCCAUAGUGCGCCGACACCAACGCCAAGAGUCUUUGUCAUGCCCAACUGUGUCGGUGCCGCACCGCACGCCGGCACCGGCAUCGUCGGCGACCAACUCUCUCGCCUACCGCACUACCACGGGCUGAUGGUGCGUCGCCCGGUCGAUCGCGGCUUUAUCGUCGACGGUGCCCUGCAGACGCGCAUGUGGGAGCACGUCCUGCAGCACUUCGCAAUCGAGCAGGAGGAUGAAGUUGACGUGUGGCUGACGGUGCCUUUUGCGGCCCCGAAGGCGGUUGCGCAGCUACUCUGGCUGCUCUGCACUCGCAGCUUCCGCUUUGGGUCUGUGACGGUCGUCAGCAGCAGCUUUUUGGCACUGGUAGGCUACAGCUUUCCCAACAUGGGCUCCGCAGUGCACAUCAAGAUGAACACCGCUGCAGGAGACGCCGUCGCGGGAGAGAGAACGUCGUUCCCGGAAGAUGCGCAGCGCAGCCGCAAACGCGCGCGCACAACGGGGCACGCAGCUGCCAAUGCCUAUGGUGCUGGAGAUGGCAACGGAAUGGAAAAAGGAGGUACGGCGAUAGUGGUGGAUGUCGGCUUCUCGGGCACCACCAUCGUCCCCUACAUCGACUUCCUCCCCGUUGCCAGCUCUAUAAUUCGACUUGACGUUGGUGGCAAGCUGCUCACCAACCGGCUCAAAGAGCUCCUCAGCUUCCGGCAGGUGAAUGUGAUGGAGGACACCUGGCUGAUCAACCACGUGCGGGAGCGGUGCUGCGUGACGGCGAUGCAGCCGUGGCGGAGCCUGCGGCUCUGCGCGGCCAUGUGGGAGGGGACGUCGCGUGAGGAGCUGGAGGCGCAACUGACGCGGGCGAGCCACACGGUGCGGGACUCCCGUGAUGGGAGUUCUCUGCUGCAGACGAUGGCGCGGAGUCGAGGGGCGGUCCGUGGUGAUGAGAGCGGCGGGCGCGGCGGGCGCGGCGUCACGGACAGGGAGGCCGCGGAUACGCCGGUACGCUUUUACCUACCGACCAUCCCCGCGCUUCUCCCGCUGGGCGUGGUGGAGGCAGAGCUGCCCGCGCGUCUGCCCAAAAGCAGCGCCGUCGAUUCCACCGCCCUGCAGCACCUACUGCUCUGUCAGGAGCGCUUCUUAAUUCCCGAGCUCCUCUUCACACCGGGCGAUGUCGGGCUGGAUCAGCAAGGUCUUCCGCAGGCCAUUACGGAAGGUGUGUUUCAGCGAGGUCUGCUGCAGCACGUCGUGACGCUGCUGCGGCCGCAGCUGCUGAAGCGGGUCUGCGUGUACGGCGGACUCGCGGACACCCCGCUACUCCUUGCGCGACUUCACGACGAGGUGCAAGCGGUAGCACCCCUGGCAGCAGGACGUGCAGGCAGACAAAACAACGGCAGCAGCAGCGAAGAAGAAGACGUAGCGAAGGAAGGAGACGAUGUGGACGGCCAACACAAAGGUGGCGUGGAGGCACCUCCGCCUUUGUCAGCGCUGUUGGAGGACGCGAUUGCUGCUGCUGCUGCCGACUCGAACGGCGCAUCGUCGGUGCCAUCGUUUUCGGCGAUGACGCUUCAGCCUUUAAUCGGAGCGUUUUGCCUCCUCAGUGCUGAUGCCGCGUCGACGUCGGCUGCGGCGCAGAGACUCGUACGGCUGCGUGCGAUGGUCCAGCAGCGGUCUCAGGUGGAGCUGCAGCGUCCGGGGGGUGGGCGGGUGACCGUCGAGACGUUCCAUGAAGCGAUGCAACGUGUUUGGUAG